AUGUACGAGUCUUACCGCCCCCAUCCACUCCUCGCACAAGUUCCAUUAACCGUCUCCCCGUUCAUCAACCUACCCACCGCAGUCACCCUCCCUUACACAUACAAAUCCGUCCCAUCAACCCUUCCUCCCUCCGUGAUUGUCGACCCGAGUAAUCCAGAUGCUAAACCGCGCUACGUCAUAUCGUCGAGCGGCGAGCAUGCCGCAUCACCCGAGGACAUACUCGCCUCGUGCAGAGCUCUCGAGCAGCAUCUGAGCAAGACAAAAACCGAAGCAGAUAAAGCGAUCAAUGAAUGGCAAGAGUCGAUAACUGCUCGCGAUCUGGCAGAGAAACGCCGCGUUGCGCCCGGCUGGUUGGAUCGCGAUGAGAAGCUCCUGCAGCCAAGUAAUGCGCCGUCGAGUCGACUGUCACAGAGUCAACCGCGUCAAAGCUUACUAGACAGUGCUGCUCCUGAUGCGGCUGCUGCAGAGCUGCCGUCAAUGGCUCCACGAAACGAGGGCGAGGAACUUGAUAGGGCGUUUGGAGGCCUUGACGUGAAAUGA